GGGUCUGAUUUGCCACGCUAAGCGCUCUGGGCCCUUGUGCCUGGCUCUUCAGCGCCGGUAACUAAUCAUCGUGAACUCAACCGAGCGCCUCUGCGGACCGCCGAGGGCUAUGAUUUUGUCGGGUACGUCAUUGAACCCCCUUCCCGGUUUCUGUCGCCACGAUCUCCCUCAUAUUUCAAUGAACCCAUGUCCGGCUCGAAAUGUCUUCAAUCAAACUUGCAGCUUAACUCCCAUCGCAUCACUAUUCCCUCACUCUUCCCCUCACUUUCCCCACAUACACCGCAAAGAAUUACUAGAAUGGCGCCCUCGACGAGAAAAAUCGUCUGCUUUUCAGACUUCGACGGCACAAUCUUCAUGCAAGACACAGGCCACGUCCUCUUCGACAACCUCGGCUGCGGCGAAGCGCGCCGCAAGAUCCUCGACGAGCAGAUCAAGUCGGGCGAGCGCUCGUUCCGCGAGGUCUCCGAGGAGAUGUGGGACUCGCUGCGCGUCCCCUUUGAAGACGGGUUCGAGCUGCUCGAGAAGGAGCUCGAGAUUGACCCCGGGUUUCGGGAAUUUCAUCAGUUUUGCGUCGACAAUGAUAUUGAUUUUAAUGUUAUCAGUGCUGGCUUAAAGCCGAUUUUGAGUAGGGUGCUGAAUUCGUUUUUGGGUGAGGAGGCCUCCCGCAUCGAAAUCGUCGCCAACGAAGCCGAAAUCAAACCCGACGGCUCAGAAUGGAAGCCAGUCUGGCGCCACGACACAGAACUCGGGCACGACAAGGCCCUUUCCGUAAAAGAAGGGCGCGCCCUCGCCGCCGAAGACCUCGAGGGCGACGAAAUCCCGCUGAUUAUCUUCAUCGGCGACGGCGUCUCUGACCUCGCCGCUGCGCGCGAAGCAGACGUCCUCUUCGCGCGCAAGGGGUUACGCCUGGAAGAAUACUGCGUCGAGAACCAGAUCCCGUAUAUCGGCUUCGACUCGUUCUCGGAUAUCAAGAGGGAUGUGCAGGCGAUUAUGCGCGAGGAUCAGCAAAAGACGGGGGGUGUUGGGAAACCCGCGCGGUUUAACCCGCGCGCGAACAUGUGGAGGCGGAUUUCGAGUCAGCAGGCUGUCCCGAAAUUCGUCGCUGCCACGCCCUCGAAAGAGGAGAAGAUGUUCUUGUGGCCCGAGAGCUUUUCGGAUUACCAGCCUCGGGCGCAGACGAACGGUGGGGCCGCCUAGUGCCUUUGUUGUGCCCGUGAAAUGACGCUGUAAAGUCAGUAGAGUGGUGGAGGUAUAUAUAUAACUAUAGACACGCGUAGAUCUAGACCAGCCAUAUUAAUGAACAUCAUGACAUGAAAAUGAC